CCUUGGCGACAUCCACUUCAGUCUGGCGGUUGUGUGUCGUGGGGUCAGCCACUCCUUCCGUUCCCCCCAUCUGUUGGUCCUUCUGUUACUUGCCUGUUGAUACGUAUGUUACACUCCUGUUGAUCCUUCUGUUACCCGCCUGUUGAACCGUACGUUACCCGCUGUUCUGUUCAAGGUCUUUUUCCGUUUAUUUACCUGUUGAUUCAUUCCUUCCUGUUAAAGAUCUGAUUCCUGCUUUGUGUUACGCUGUUGUGAACAGUCUGUAACGGGCCAGUCAACUGACAGCUUUCCUGUCUGUUUUGUUCCGUUGUCUGCCCGUUAUCAACAUCUUUCUUACCUGUUGUCUGCCUGUUGGUGUCCUGUUAUUCAGGUUAUCUCCCUUAUAUCCUAAAUUGCCACAAGUAAAACAAUGACCAGCGGCUACUGGAACAAGAUAAACGAAAAAUUGUAUGGCAGCGAGGGAAACCUAAACCAGCGUCACGUGACAUGGAAACCUCCUAAAUACGGGUCGCAGCAACAACUAUCCAGCAGUGGAGACAGCUUGAACCGGACGUCUUCUGCUGGCAGGUCGCCCGCCUGGGGCACCUCAAAGCAGAUCCUGAGUAAGAAGCGUCUCUCCGGUAGCGUAGGAAAUAUAAACGUCCCCGAGGGGUCUGGCUCCUCUGGCGGCCAGAGCUCUCAGGGGCGUUCGUUCACCAGCACGGGGGAGCUCAAUGGGUCCCUGAACGCUCAGGGACGUUCAUAUACCAGCACGGGGGAUCUCCGCGGGUCGCUGAACGCCCAGGGGCGUUCUUACGCCAGCACGGGGGAUCUCAGUGGAUCACUGAGCUCUGAGAGACAACACCAAGAGCAGCAGCAUCACUACAGCACGUCCGUCCUCUUGUCGAGACAAAUCAGUCAUGAAGAUGAUAUCCGAGUCGGCGGAGAAGACGUGCACAGCAUCCAACGAGCUGAACAUUUUGCCUCCAGCGAACAAGAACGUGUCCAUGAGAGAAGAGAAGAGCAGCAAGCGACCCAAAGGGAUGACCUUCAGAUCUCCCACCUGAGGCAGGACGAGUAUGCCCGACACACCAGCAAGACUGAAGAACUGCACGGCUCUCAUCAUCUAUCCUCCUUCUCCAGAUACAACUCACAAGAACGCCUCGAUUUUGCCACUGGAAAUACCCGUCUGGCAGAACAACAACAGCACUCAUCAGACCACUUUGUUCAAGAACAGUCUCGAGCGAGCUCAGAACAGACGAGGCACUUCCAAACACGAAGCACAGACUCGCACUCGGAUCAACGAGACCAACAGGUGGUCCACACGGCCCGACCCGCGUACGUCAUGCUUGCUGACAGUCCAGAUCAUUCUCCAGUUUCGGACUCCCGACACAACUUUCACCCCGGCACCCAGGGCGGGUCAGGAGGGGAGAAGCCAGUACUGCACAGAGCGAGGAUUGUCAGCGUCACGGACGACGAGGACGACGACGAGGAGGAGGACGACGAGGAGAAUGACGAAGCCUUGUCUGUGUUUACCCAGGAGCAAGAGAAGAGCCUUGUAACCACCUUGGAGAAGGAGGACCUUGAAGGAGAUCAAGACCAUGAAGGGGAGCGGGACCAUGAAGGGGGGCAGGACCAUGAAGGGGAUCAAGACUAUGAAGGGAAUCAGGGAAGGGAGGACAACACUGUCUUAACGUUACGGAAGGAGGUCAAGCGGAUCACGAAGCUCAAGGAGGAAAUAGAAGAAAAUUUUAUUAAAACUCAAAGGGGCCGGUGCCCUCAGGCGGAGCUGAAGCGCGAGGUGCGGGAGCUGACGGAGAGGCGGCAGAAGGAGGAACUGCGGUGGAAGCAGGAGAAGACCACCAGGGAUGUCAUCAUCGUUGACCAGAAGGGCAGAAUCGAGGCACUGACUGAGGAGAGAGAUAAACUCCAAGGUCAACUGUCUGAAGGAAAGCAGGAGGCAAGCGGACAUGAGCGGGUGAAGGAGCUGGAGGAGCGGCUCCAGCAGGAACAGCAGCGCCACCAUGAGCAACUGACCAAGAAGGAGAGAGAGGUAACCUCCCUGAAGGCGGAGCUGAAGGAGAGAGACAGAGACCUGAUUAAGAGUCAGUCCCAGGCAUUGGCACAGGAGAAACUGAAGAAGAUGCAGGAUCAUCUACACCAGGAACAGGACCUCCAUCAAGCACAGCUGGAGAAGAAGGAGCGAGAUAUCUCCUCCCUGAGGAGCCAGCUACAGGAGAGAGACAGCGAGCUCUCCAGACGGCAAGAUCAGGUAAAGAUCAAGGAGAAGCUGGAGCAGCAGGUGAGGCAGUUAGAGGACCAGGUGGGGCAGCUGGAGGACGAGGUGAGACAGCUGAAGGACCAGGUGAGGCAGCUGGAGGAUGAGGUGAGGCAGUUGGAGGACGAGGUGAAGCAGCUGGAGGACCAGGUGAGGCGGCUGGAUCACCAGGCGAGGCAACUGCGUCAGGAACAGCAGCGCCAUCAAGAGCAGCUGGCGAAGAAGGAUCGAGAGAUUUCCACCCAGAAGACUCGGCUGCAGGAGAGAGAGGAAGAGCUGACGAGGCUCCAGGCACAGGCCCCAGCACCUCCCCUUCAGGCACCCCAGCUGGCGAGGGUGAAGAAGCAGAUUGAGGAGCUGCAAGAAGAGCUGCGGCAAGAGCAGCGCUACCUUCGUGAGCAGCUGGCCAAGAAGGAACGAGAGGUCUUCUCCCUCAGGACAGAGCUGCAGGAGAGAAAUAGGGAGCUCGCCAGGCGCCAGAGUCAGGUGACACCCUCAGUGCCUCCGCUACAGACCGUAUCAGCUCUGGGUCUCCCUAACCUGGGCAACACCAGCUAUAUGAACUCCGUCGUCCAGUGCCUCUUCAACAUCAACACACUCAGACAAUACUUCAUCCAAGACCAUUAUAAGCGAGAUGUGAAGAGGAGCAGCGCGCAGGGAGGGCAAGUGGCUUUGGCACUUGCUGGGGUGUUCGGGGCAAUGGAGUCUGGCUCUGGGGUCUACGAUGCCAUGAGGCACUUCAAGAUGGUGGUGGAGGGAGAGGAUAAGGUUUUCAAGCUGCAUCACCAGCCUAAGGCCUACGACCUGCUGGCCAGCCUCCUCACCUGGCUCCACAACGACCUAGUUCAGGCGAGCAGCAGCCAGCAGUCCUCCUCCUCCGUCAUCUCUAGAACCUUCCACGGCAUCAAGGAGUCGGUAAUAUUCUGCCCGGAGAAAAAAAGAAUUGCGUCCAUUGCCAAUGAAAGUUUUGACAACCUGACCUUGACUGUCCUGGGAGACGAGGAACGUCCACUGCAGGAGCUACUGAAGAGCCAUCUGCGGCCUCAGGAGAUAGACUGGGAGUGCCAACACUGUCGACGACGCCACAAGUGUCUCCAUUAUGCCUCCCUCAACAAGCUGCCUCAGGUGCUCGCACUCCACUUUAGCAGGCACCCCAGCAGCAUGGCAAGAGUCAACUUCCCAGCCGGCAACCUUACCCUUGACGCUGUUGUGGACGGCAGAGCUCAAUAUUCUGUGACGUACGAGCUGGUGUCAGUGUGUGUCCAGCAGCAGGGAUCAGAGGGCAGUAGCGGCCACUACACCGCCUUCUGCAGGAGCAGGGAAGGUAGCAGCAAGUGGUGGUUAUGGGACGAUACCCACCUCCACCCAGCCAGGCUAGACAAUGUUAUUUCCACCCGACAUCCACACCUCCUUUUCUACGAGGCUGUAAAUGACUGAAGACUUCAUUCACGUGUUAAAGUAUAUUGUUCUUUAAAUUGAAAUUGAAAUAAGUUUUUUGAGGUAAAAUACACACUAAGGGAUGAGGUAGCUCAAGCUAUUCACACCCCGUUCAGUACAACGUGUUAAUACAUACAUAGACACACACAUCACAAACAAUAAACAUAUUGCCGAACAUUCUGAGAGAUAAACGUAUACAUUUCAACUUUAAAUAUAUGAACAAUAUUCACUUCAAAUUUAAGUACAAUGUGCACUUUAAAUAUAUGUACAUUUACUGUUACUUUAGUCCUGGACUAAAGUAUAAUCUUUAAUCCUGGACUAAAGUAUACUUGCUGUUUGGCCAGAAAAGUAUUGUGGUGGCCUUAAUAACCCUCUAGAGGUUGGUUGGGCUUAAUCCCAACACCAAAACCAAAUUUAUACAUUUGUCAAGAUCUCAACAGUUCCAAAAUUACUUCGGAUACAUAAGCUUUAUAGUUAAUAUUACCAUCGUCAUUGAGUUAAAACUAUUUGAAUCAAUACUGGAACAAAUAUAUUUUUAUGGAAGUAAUUUCUUGAUCUACUAAAUUCUCAUAUUAGCAUAACUGAGAGCUAAAAUAUACCAAAAAUUAUUAUUUACAACCGUAGGCAUUCUUAUAGUGGCAUUCUAUGUCGAGAAAUCAACUUUUAAUUUUGUCCUUGCCUAACUAGUAUUGUAUAAUUUCAUACAUGAUGUAUAAUUAAUAUAAUGAAAGUUUGUCCAAUAAAAAUUUGUGCUGCAAUAUUUUUUAAUUUAAAUAUGUCAAAUAAAUAUAAACUAAUAAGUUGGUUUGAAGCUUCAAAUAUAUAUAUUGAAUGUAUAUAUAAUUAUUUUGUGACUUAAUAAACCAAUCACUGAACAUAAUUCCAUUGCACAGUGUAAGACAGAUUUUGUUCAAUUUUGUUUUUGAAAUUUGUGCUUGUUCCACAAACAAAAUUUGUUUGAAAGCAACACAAAAGGCUCUUGUUUGGGCUAUUUUCUGAUUGCUGAAGCCUCGAAAGAAGAGAAACGACUCAUGUUCCUCUCAAACUUCGCUUUGAAAACCGAAGCUUGAACGAAUAGCAUUUACCAUACUUUGAAGGCAUAAGCAUUCAGAAUGUAGCAUUUACUAAGGAAACAAAUGUAUUUUAUUACACAGUUUUCUUUGAUAAACUGUCUUGAACCUGUAACACGUAAUCCCAUACUUUAAACAAUGAACUUGACAUUGAAA